AUGGCUUCUGAAGAACCGUCCCAAAACCCGACAAACCCUGAAGAUCAAUCACAAAAUGAAGAAGGAAGUGGUAAGAAAUUGUCCAAAAAGGAGGCUGCAAAACUUGAACGCUUGCGCAAACGCCAAGAAGCGGCAGCGGCUGCAGCAGCUACUAAUAUUUCUUCCAUGGCAAUUGACGCUGCGGAUCCAUUGGCCGAAAAUUACGGUGAAACCCCAUUGGAUGAUUUGAAGUCGAAGGAAAUUUCGGGCCGAAAGUGGACGGAAGUGAAGGAGUUGAACGAAGGGUUGAAGGACCAGGAUGUUCUGAUCCGAGGCCGGUGUCAGGCAAUUCGAGCCGUAGGUAAAAAGAUGGCGUUUGUUGUGGUGAGGGAACGGGGGUUUACGGUGCAGUGCAUUUUGACUGUGACGCCCGAUGUUGUCAGUGCCCAGAUGGUGAAAUUUGCCACCAGUUUGAGCAGGGAAUCAAUUGUUGAUAUCGAAGGAGUUAUCUCUGUGCCUGCUACUACCAUCACAGGCGCCACUCAACAGGUCCGUGUGUUUUCGUGUUUGUAUUGUUGCAACUUGCAAUGCAGGGACUUGAAGGAAGGAAUUGGGAAAAUUUUCCGCAUAAUUGAACUUGAUAUUUCACAUAUUCCAUCAAUCAGAGCUCGUUAG